CAACCCACCGCCACUAUGUCUGACGAGGAAACUGAACAAGUUGAGGAACAAUACGAAGAGGAAGAGGAGGCCCAGGAGGAAGAGGAAGUCCAAGAAGAGGAAAAACCAAGACCCAAACUCACUGCUCCUAAGAUCCCAGAGGGGGAGAAAGUAGACUUCGAUGAUAUCCAGAAAAAGCGUCAGAACAAGGACCUCAUGGAGCUCCAAGCCCUCAUUGACAGCCACUUUGAAGCUAGAAAGAAAGAGGAAGAGGAGCUCAUUGCACUCAAGGAAAGAAUUGAGAAGCGCCGUGCUGAGAGGGCUGAGCAGCAGAGGAUCCGCGCUGAGAAGGAGCGGGAACGCCAGAACAGACUGGCGGAGGAGAAGGCCAGACGAGAGGAGGAGGAUGCCAAGAGGAGAGCUGAGGAUGACAUGAAGAAGAAAAAGGCUCUGUCUUCCAUGGGUGCCAACUACAGCAGCUACCUGGCCAAAGCUGACCAGAAGAGAGGCAAGAAGCAGACAGCCCGGGAAAUGAAGAAGAAGAUUCUUGCAGAAAGACGCAAGCCUCUCAACAUUGACCAUCUUAGCGAUGACAAGCUGAGGGACAAGGCCAAGGAACUCUGGGAUACCCUGUACCAACUGGAGACUGACAAAUUUGAAUUUGGAGAGAAGCUGAAACGCCAGAAAUAUGAUAUCAUGACUGUCCGGGCCAGAGUGGAGAUGCUGGCCAAGUUCAGCAAGAAGGCCGGUGCCGCAGCCAAGGGCAAAGUCGGUGGGCGCUGGAAGUAAAGGAGCCAAGCGGUACAUUGCGGCAGAGGCCAUCCACCCUGACUCCUGCCAGGGCCCGUUUUUCCAGAUCUGCACCCUCCCACCCUCACGCCCAGGGUUUUUACGGAGUUCA